AUGAAGGUGGGAACUUUAGAACGCCUACGGAGUGCAUUGGUAAGGGGGAAACUGGAUGCAGGUUAUCUCUGUCGUUUCCUGCUAAAUAGAAUCGAAAUAGAUAAGUCCGCUAGCCUGGAAGGCCGGUUAGCAUCUGGUCUCGCUUUGCCUACCACCAAUUCUGUCAUCAGUCAUUCCACAGAGCUUGCCCCCCUUUCCUCUUUCGGACUUCUGGGUGGUAUACCCUUCUUAGCCAAAGAUAACUUCUGUAUUAAGAGUCGAAACGCCACCACGUGUGCGUCCAAGGCUCUGCAUAACUACUCACCACCUUUCAACGCAUCAGUUGUUCAGGCCCUGCUAGAUGCCGGUGCUAUCUGCUUGGGCAAGACCAAUAUGGAUGAAUUUGCGAUGGGCUCGGGAUCAACUGAUAAUACACUGCACGGGCCCGUGGUGAAUCCCUGGUCACCCUCUUUACCUGCCGAUCCUUGCAUUGCGGGAGGUAGCUCCGGGGGUAGCGCAGCAGCGGUGGCUGCUGGUUUGGCUCCCUUCGCUCUUGCUUCUGACACGGGCGGGUCGGUGCGAAAUCCGGCGGCUCUGUGCGGUGUUGUGGGCCUCAAACCCACCUAUGGGCUGGCAUCGCGUCAGGGCAUGAUCCCGCUUGCUAAUAUCAUAGAUUGUCCCUCCAUUAUGGCUACUCGAGUUGCAGACGUUGAAAGGGUGCUCUCCACUUGGGUCCAACCGGGGAGUGCGGCUAGACGCGGGGACGCUACUCUGGCCACUAUCCAACCACCUCUUCUGCCUGAUUCACCCCGCAUCGGCAUCCCCAAGGAGUACUACGCGCCCGGGAUGGCCCCAGAAGUGGUGGAUGUUUGGGAUCAGGUGGCAUCGUGGCUGGCGGAUGAUUUUAAGCUAUCUGUCGAGUCUGUGAGCCUUCCUCACACACCCAUUGCAACUGCGGUCUACUCUGUCCUGUGUUCAGUAGAGGUAGCAUCCAACAUGGCACGUUACGACGGCCUUCGAUAUGGCCUGCGGGCGGAACCCACCUUGGAGAUACGAGAAGCACUGACUGAACUGAAUUUGGACACCUCGGAUGGUCUGGCGGCGGGGUCUCGGCGGCUAGGCUUUGGAGAGGAGGUGCGUAACCGCAUACUGGCGGGGAACUUUUUCCUACUUCGUGGACAAAGACACCUGCAUCUGGAUGCUGCUCGACGACUCUGGCGUCUUAUUAAAAACGACUACAUGGAGGUCUUCACUAAAGUGGACUUCCUGUUAGCUCCAGUGACUCUACGUCCAGCGCCCAAUCUGCAUGAGUUUUGCCAAAUGGACAGUCGUUCUCGAAUCGCCCGGGAGGAUCCUUGCACAGUUGGAGUUAACUUAGCGGGUCUCCCAGCGAUCAGCAUUCCAAUUAAACUGAGUGCUGAGAAGAGACUCCCAAUAGGACUGCAGCUCAUCGGUCCUCCGUGGUCUGAAAAGGACCUACUUUCACUUGCUGGACGCAUUGAAGAAAAAGCGGAUUUCCCUCUACUUGUGGAUAUACCAUCCCUCUUAGACAUCAAGUAG